AUGGGACGACAACGCAAAGACAGUGGCGGUCAUGAGAAGUCCCUCCAGAAGUGGAAGGGCUAUCCGGAUGAGGAGAACACAUGGGAGCCGCAGGAGAACCUGAACUGCGAUGACCUGAUCCACACAUUCGAGGAGAAGCGCCGCAAAGACAGGGCGGGCGGUGCUGGAGGUGCGGGCACUUCCACUCCGGAGCCGACCGCCAGUUGCCGUCGCAGGACGGCCUCCAAGGAUGAGACGCCGGUUGUGGCGGACAAGCGGUCGCGUCGCGCGACUCCCGGACGGCCCGCGAAGGAUAAGUCACUCGAAGAGGACUUCGACGACGCCAUGAAGAAGCCGAGGGGAGGCUUCGAGAGGGGUCUCCGUCCCGAUCGCAUACUCGGCGCCACCGACGCCUCCGGAGAACUCAUGUUUCUCAUGAAAUGGUUGGACUCGGAUGAGGCGGAUCUCGUGCCCGCGAAGAUGGCUAAUGACAAGUGCCCGCAGAUCGUCAUCAAGUUCUAUGAGGACCGCCUCACAUGGCCCUCAAACGCCGAAGGGCUGAACGCCAAAGAAUCUCAUUUGGAACCAAUGAAUGACGAAGAAUCGAAACCCGAUAUAAUAUUUGAGAAUCAGAUUCAACUGGAUUUCUAUUCACAAGAAACGCAACAAAACUUCGAGUUUGAGGAACCGAUAAAGACAUCGAAAAGCAUUGUUUCGAUGGCAGAUAUUGAGUCCAAUGACUCCAAUCCUCAUCACUUCGAUGAUUUAAUGUCUUAAGAAUCUGUACCACAAGUGUCACAAUUUGGCACUCA